AUGUUACAAGCCACCUCUGGAGAUCGAACCCCAUUCUUUCAACAUGACAGCUCAAUGCCUUUAAACACUGGACCAUUGUGCCUUUUUGACUUUUUAAGUGGUAUGGUAGAGGUCCUAAGAGAAAAGUUCAGUUUUCAAGAAAUUGAAGAUAGCUUCUCUAAAGAACAUUUUGAUACAUUCCACGAUGAAAAGGAGAUUGAAACCAAGUGGUAUGAAGCUUAUGAAAAAUGCAUUUUGCUUGCGAUGCUCUUAAUUGGAUCCAUAGGGGUAUCUUCAAGGGCUACAGAUGCCUACUUAUAUUCCAUUUACUCGGUGGCCAUUUUUUUCUGGAUAGUGUUAGGUAUAGCCUAUUUUGAUACGUAUCUUGAACUAGGAUCUUACACUGCCGGAGUCUUCAUUCUGGACAAACUUGAUGGAAAGCGUGGCAAGAGAAAAGCUGCCAGGGACGAUGCGAGCAAUCUUUAUAAUUUGGUUGCUGAUCUCAAUUGGAAACUAGCAAAAUAUUGCCCAAGGGAGUUCACGAAACACAGAGUAUAUCAAAAAUUUUUAGACAUCUACGUUGAUAACCCAGAGCAAAUAACUGCAGAGCUUAUGCAGGAGUUGCACCAGACAUCACAAGAGUUAAAGGCUAUUUCUGGUGACAAGUUACUUCAGUUCCAUCUUUCUGAAGUAAAAAGUCUUUUCGAGGAAGAUGAUGAUGAAGCCCGAUCCGAAAGCGUCUUUGCUCGGGAAUUGAAAAGCCAGACUGAGAGGGGACGAUCUGCUAGAAUGACUCUCUCUCCUUCUGGAAAGCUCCAUCAUAUACCGCUUAGUUUACUGACUGCAGAUAAGAGAUUGAAUAAAGAACUGCCCGAGACAGAAUCUGCUUCAUCAAGUCUGUCUGACAGAAGCAGAAUAGAAACUUUAUUAGAAAAAAGAGAGGUAUCAAGCGAAGUCUCAGGUGCUGGAGUUGAAGAGGAGAAUGAAGAGGAUAGAUGCGAAGAAACGCUGGAUGCAGAUAGCAAUGCGAGUAAAGAACUAUCCGAUACUGAAUGCGCUUCGCCAAGUUUAUCUGAUAGAAGCACAGUUGAAACCUCAGAAAAGGAAGGUGAGGUUUUAAAGAGAUCAAAAAGCUCUGAAGCUGAGGUUAAGAGUGGAGAGGAUCGAAACGAAAAAUUGCAAGUUGCAGACAGAAACUCGAGUAAAGAACUAGAUGAGUUUGCAUCGUCAGGUCAUUAUGACAAAAGAACAAUUGAAUCUUCAUCAAGGAAAGGAGAGGUUUCAAUUAAAACCUCGAUUGCUGAAGCUGAGGAGGAGUAUGACGAGGAACGAAAUGAAAAAAUGAGGGCUGUUGAUAGCAACACGAGUGACGAAUUACCUACAAUUGAACAUGCUUCAUCAAGGUCAUCUGAUCGAAGCUCAAUUGAAGACGCAGAAGAGAAAGGAGAGGUUUUGAAGAAUUCACCAAGUGCCGAAGUUGAAGAGGAGCAAAAAGAGAAUCAAAGCAAGCAUAAUAAAGAAUGUGACUGA